UGCAAAUUCCACUUUCCAGCCAUUUCUUUGAUUUCACAACGAAAUGAAAUGUAAAUAACAACAAAUCGCACGUGCUGAACGACGUGUUGAUUUCGCGUACCAAAUAAACGGGUCUGCGCGGCCGCGGUGAAUCCUUUUAUUUUAAUUUCGUGGACCCGUUCCGAUCCGUCCGGCUGUGACAUGGUUCGAGUGGACUUUUCCCAACUGGUGGAGCUCCAGACGCAACCGGAGCGGAUUCGAAACAUUUGCAUCCUGGCACACGUCGACCAUGGCAAGACGACUCUGGCCGAUUCGCUUAUCGCCAGCAACGGAAUCAUCUCGCAACGGCUGGCGGGGAAGUUGAGGUAUAUGGACAGCCGCCCGGACGAACAGGAACGGCAGAUUACGAUGAAGAGCAGCAGCAUAGCGCUGUAUUACGAGAGACAUCUGGUGAACUUGAUCGAUUCGCCAGGACAUGUAGACUUCAGUAGCGAGGUGUCGACGGCGGUGCGGCUAUGCGACGGCGCGAUAGUGGUGGUGGACGUUGUGGAGGGGGUUUGUCCUCAGACCAGGAUUUGCCUGAAGCAGGCUUACAGUGAGAGUUUAAGGACGGUGCUGCUGCUGAACAAGGUUGAUCGACUUGUGUUGGAGAAGAAGAUGGAUCCGGUUGAGGCGUAUAAGCAUUUGAGGCAGGUUCUGGAGCAGGUCAAUGCCGUGGUAGGGAAUAUAUUUGCGACGGACGUGCUGGCCAAGGAAGAGCUGAGUUCGGACCAUCAGCUGUCAGCUUUGGAGGAUACGGACGACUCGAGGAUUUAUUACACUCCUGCCAAUGGCAAUGUCCUGUUCGGUUCAGCGUUGGAUGGUUGGGGAUUUACGUUGAAGGCGUUUGCCGAAAUGUACCAGGAAAAGCUGGGAGUUCCGCUGGCGGAACUUGAGGAAGCGAUGUGGGGCGAUUAUUUCUACAGUCCCAAGAAGAAGAGCAUCGAAAAGGGUGCGCUGGAAAAGGGUCGGAAGCCGUUGUUUGUCCAGCUGGUUCUGGAAAAUUUGUGGAACGUGUACGAUCUAGUGGAGAACCGGGACGUAGAUAAGUUGAAAACGAUAUCGGAGAAGCUGGGAAUUGCCCAAACUGCACGAGACUUAAAGCACGCGGAUAUUCGGAUUCCAAUUCGGAAUCUCCUGUCCCAAUGGUUACCCAUUGAGAAAUCUCUGCUAAAGUUGGUGGUAAUCAACGUUCCGAACCCUCGGAUGAUACCAGAGGUGAAAGCAGAGAAGCUUCUCUGUUCAAGAAUGGAGGACUUUCGGGCAUUCCCGGAGCUGACGCAGAAACUUAGCAAAGAUAUUCUCAAAUGCGAGGCGAGUAGCGAAACGUUGAUCGUUUUCAUCUCGAAGAUGUUUCCCGUUGACAGGAAGUCCCUGCCACAAUCCGUGGUUGAAAGUUUCUCCAAGCUGACCCUGACGGAGGAGGAUUCUGGGGGAUCGGAUUGUUGCGAUGAAGCUUUUCUAGCGUUUGCGCGGGUUUAUAGUGGAACGCUCAAACGGGGUGACAUGGUGUACGUGAUAGGUCCAAAGCACGAUCCUAGGAAUCUGCUGGUGGAUGGAUAUGAUUUGCAGGCUUCACCGCAUAUAACACAGGUUCAAGUGGAUCACCUGUUUAUGUUAAUGGGUCGCCAGCUGGAAGUUCUCGACUCGGUUCCAGCAGGGAGCAUAGCAGGAAUUGCCGGACUCCAAAACAACGUGCUCAAAACAGCGACCCUGAGCAACACUCCCUACUGUCCGCCAUUUGUAGACCUCCCGGCGAUAGCGACACCAAUUCUCAGGGUAGCCGUCGAACCUAAGGACAUCCAGAAUAUGCCGAAAUUGGUACGGGGACUAAAGCUUCUAAAUCAAGCGGAUGCCUGCGUCGAAGUUCGCAUACAGGAAAGUGGAGAACAUGUACUACUGACCCUGGGAGAGGUCCACUUGGAACGUUGCAUCAAGGACUUGGAGGAAACCUACGCCAAGGUGAAGCUCAAUGUAUCCAAACCGAUCGUACCGUUCAAGGAGACGAUAGUGAAGUUUGUUCCCACUUCCGAGGAGAACCCAGAGGAGGAAAUUGCAAAAGAAAGGGAACGAGAAAAAACGGUGACCAUCUACACUCCUAAUAAGCAGAGCUUUAUAAAACUGCUUGCAAUACCUCUGCCAGAAGAAGCUGUUGAUCUCUUAGAUCGUAGUAACGCCAUAUUAAAGACAUUGGCCAAAUCGCAGGAAGCGAAAGAAAUUUCACACUAUCUUCAGGAAUCGCUGGAGGAUCUGAAAGCCAAACUUGGCAAAAUAUUUGCCGAAAGCGAAACUGAAGAACUCGACGUCUCAAACGUAGACAAAAUCUGGAGCUUCGGUCCAAAGAAAUGCGGAACCAACGUUCUGUUGAAUUGUUCUUCCUUCAGUCAUCCAUCUGUGUGGAAUUUACGACAAAAUCCAAACGAGCCCAAUUCCGCCUCUCCAGAUAUCCGACACAGCUUAGAGUCAUCCUUCGUCAACGGUUUCCAGCUGGCCAGCCUGGCGGGACCACUGGCCGAUGAACCGAUGCAAGGUGUUUGCUUUCACGUGCUGGAAUGGGUUGUGACCGGUCCAAUCGCGGAAGCUGAAGAAUCAACCUCAUCGGUCGUGUCGCAUGGUCCGCUCUCGGGUCAAAUCAUGUCCAUCGUGAAGGACGGAUGCAAGAAGGCCUUCCAGAACCAACCGCAGCGCUUGGUCCACCCGAUGUACAGCUGCAACAUCACCGUCAACUCGGACGUCCUCGGGAAACUAUAUGCCGUGAUCGGGAGGAGACAAGGACGGAUCCUAUCGGCGGAUUUGAUCGAAGGAAGUGGUCAGUUCGAUGUGAAUGCCGUGAUUCCGGUGAUAGAGUCGUUCAACUUUGCCACGGAGAUUCGAAAGCAGACGUCCGGAUUGGCCAUGCCACAGCUGGUGUUCAGCCAUUGGGAGAUCGUCGACAUCGAUCCGUCCUGGGUGCCAACCACGGAGGAAGAAUACGAACAGUAUGGCGAGAAGGCCGACUUCACCAACAUUGCCAAGGUGUACAUGGGCUCGAUACGGGAACGGAAGGGCUUACCGGUAGAGAAGAAAACGGUGGAGCACGCGGAAAAGCAAAGGACGCUUUCAAAGAAUAAGUGAUAUGGUUGAACGGAAGCUGCGAAGGGUAGGUCUAUUAGCUAGUUAAUCUGUUGAACAUAAUUAUUGUUUUGUGUACAGUUUUAUCCAGAUUAUCUAACUAAAACGAUUAGUUAAUAAAUUAAUUGAUCUGAAAAUAAGAA